AAAUAUCGUGGGUGAAGUGAUCUUGAGUCACAGGCUCAAGUGAUUUAUCGGAGAUCAACAAAAUAAUUAUUUGUCUACUUUGCUAAAAGGUGAGAGAGUAAUUCUUUGAGAUCUCAAACUUUAGAAUUUUCAGCUUAGGUAGAAGCUUUGCAAGAACUAGGAGAGGGUUUACUGGAAGAGAAAUUUCAUUAUUUAUUUGUUUGAGAUUAUGGAUUCAGCUUUCUCUUAUAAAAAUAUGCAUUGAUAAAGCCAUACCUAAGUAAUAGGAUGAAGGAUAACAAGGAAGAUUCUAGUUGGAGAAAUUCUCCUGAUUUCUAAAGGAAAGUCAUCUCUCUGCUUUGUCCAGGUGGUAUUGGAAGAAGCCAAUCAAUAAUUAUUGACUUGACUUUGUCAAGCAGGACACACAUUAUCUCAUUAUCUCUAGGAAGUAGUUACUAUCAUCAGCACAAUUUUACCGAGUAGGAUGCUUGGGGAUGUUAACAUCUUAAGGUUUUAGAUCUGAUAAGUGGAGAACCAGAAUUCAAGCCCCCAAACAUGAGGACUGCCUUAAGUGUGCUUUUUCAUUGCUUUGAAAUAGAUGGUGUUUUCAGUACUUAUAAAACCCUUAUGAGAGAGUUUUUUUUCCAUCCUAUUGACAUGAUUACCGAGGCUUAAAAUGUUUAAAACUUGCCCUAUGUCACUCAGUAAGUGAAACUCAUGCUUGUCUACUUUCAAAGUCCACGUUUACCACGAUGUCUUCCAAGACAGCAUCCUGUUAACUGUCUCACGGAUGAAGCGAACAGUAAGUCACGGUGAUCAGCAGUGACUGACUAACUAGACAUAAUCAUAAAAGCUCACUUUCAAAACUUCAUGGUGUCCUGUAUGUGCUUAGCAAAUACUGUUAAAAUGAGGUAUUGACCAAUAAAAUGUCAGGAAAGUUAGUAUAAAUUGGCCGAGAGUGCGAGGGCAACUUCAAAACUUGAUUUGACACUAUUCACCAUUAUCAGACGCUCAGUCAAUCCUCAGCAAAAUGAGGGGUUUCAUUUUUACUUUAUUUCUCUUCUCUGUCCUGCUCGCCAUCGCGGAAGUGAGGAGCGAAAAACACAAGAAGCUCUGUGGGCUGGAGUACAUCCGAACAGUCAUCUACAUCUGUGCCACCUCCAGGUGGCGAAGGCAGCUGGGGGGCCUCCCCCAAGUCCAGCAAGUUGAGAGAGGAAACCACUUCCAGCUGCCCAAUGAGCAUGAGAUUUCUGAAGAAAGCCCAGCACAAAACCUUCCAAAGAUGGAUUCUUCUGGGGAGGAAAUUCUCCAGAGUGAACAGCUGCCCACGGAAGGGCUUUGGAGGUCAAAGAAGCAUUCGGUGAUGUCAAGACAAGACUUACAGACAUCGUGCUGCACUGAGGGCUGUUCCAUGUCUGACUUGAGUACUCUUUGUUAGGACAAGAGCCAAUCCCCAGGGGUGGCAGAGCUUUAAUUUAGCACAUGUUGAAUCACAGUGUUUUACUUCCCAGGACAAUGUUGUGCCUUUAAAGUCAUGGCUUUUGGGGUAGGCAGUCCUUCGUUCCUGAAUGUUGUGGGUGAAUGGCUAAAACCACAACGAAGUCUAUUUUCUCCCUUUGCCAAGGUGCAUGCACUGUUCUUUUCAAAUUUUAACUGAUCCUUUGAAAUUUCAAAUGCUGUGCAGAGUUGCAAUAAAAAAAUGCCAUAAACCAAGCUCACUGUGCUUUUUCCCUUUGCAAAACAAUUUUAAAUAACUUUAAAACGGUGAACAAAAAAUUCUGCUGGUAGAAAAACUGUAAAAAUAAGCAUUACAAGAAAAUAAAAACAAUGAUCUCAUCAUCAAGAAAUAAGUAUCCACGCUUAACUUUGGGGUUGCUGUAUAACAUUACUGCAAAUUUAAACCUUGAGUCAGAGUCAAGUGGUAAGAAUUGAAACAAAGCGCUUUUCUCAAAAAUUCUUAGAGUGCUCAACCCAUGUUCCCUAAUUUCAUACAGCCUUCAAGAUUCUGCUUGAGAAUAGCUGGGUGUACAUAUGUAUCAAAGAGGGCCCAUCAAUAGCCAAAACCCAGAAAACGCUUAGGUAUCUAAGCUCCUGCCUAUGUCUUUCCUUCCUACUGCUGAGAUAAAAAGGACAGUCUAUUCUCAUUCUGGAGGUUGAGAAACUGAAACACAGAGUGCCACGUCAUUGUGUCACCACUGGAUGUCUUCAAACAGAAAAAAGAUAAAAUAAGAUAUCACAAAACUAUGCAUCUAUUUCUAACUCUGUCAGCCAGGUCCCCAGUGGGAUUU